AUCGCGAGGCGCAUGCGCCUUUGGGAGAGCUGCUUGGAAGUCGGGGCAAAAGGCAAACCUUAUAAGUUCUCCGCCUCCCCUGCGCUGGGCAAUCAUGCCUCCGACUCUGAUCUCCUCGCUGAUCUUUUCAAUCGCAAUAGCGGGCGCUGGGAUCCAUAAGACGUGCCGACACGAUGGCGGAAGCCAAAGAGAUCGCCGCGGCGGCGAUCGCUGAACCGGGCCACCUGAUUGAGAAGAGAGCUUCGAGGGUGAGCAGAGGCUCUGGUACUGUUGAGGAGGCAGAUGCGGGCGUCCUGGCCGAGUUUGGGUAUAAGCAGGAACUCAGACGUGAUUGGGGAUUGAUGCAUAAUUUUGGCAUUUCUUUCUCUAUCAUCUCAGUAAUCACCGGCAUCACAACCCUCUUCCAAUAUGGACUUGUUACAGGCGGUCCCGGAGUGAUGUCCGUCGGCUGGAUCGUGGUCUCGUUCUUCACAAUGACCAUCGCGCUCAGCAUGGCAGAAAUCGUCUCCGCGAUCCCAACAGCAGGAGGGCCGUAUUACUGGGCAGCUCUCUUGGCUCCUGCGAAGCACUCCGCUUUUGCCUCUUGGAUAACUGGUUGGUUCAACCUCCUCGGCCAAGUAGCUGUCACCACUGGCAUCAGCUAUGGUUGCGCCGGCUUGAUAUCCACCACCGCAACGGUGAAAUCAUCCUAUGUUCCCACGGCCGGCAGGACCAUCGGGAUCUAUGCUGCUGUCCUAGUCUCCCAUGGCAUGAUCAAUACCUUUGGUAUCCACAUAUUGCGGUAUCUCAACAACAGCUCCAUCGUCUUGCACUCCCUGGGCAUAACGUCUAUAGCCAUUGCGGUCUUGGCGAAAGCCCCGACGCACCAGAGCGCCAAGUUCGUCUUUGCCUCCUUCAACGACGGAACAGGAGCGACGGGGUACGAGGGAUGGAGUGUGCGCGCAAGCCCCGCGUACGUCGCCUGCUGCGGCGCCCUCAUGUCACAAUACACACUCACGGGCUUCGAUGCGUCGGCGCACCUCUCCGAGGAGACGCGGAAGGCUUCCUGGAGCGCGCCCAUCGGCGUGGUCAGCUCGGUCGGUUUCAGCGCGCUGUUCGGCUUCUUCGUGCUCCUCAGCUUCCUCUUCAGCAUCCAGGACUUCGACCGGACCAUCUCCAGCUCCUACGGGCAGCCCGUGCUGCAGAUCUUCGUCGACAUCUUUGGCGACGACGGCGCCGUGGUGCUGAUGUGCCUGGUCAUCAUCUGCGUGUGGCAUUGUGGCUUGUUCUCCAUGACCAGUAAUUCCAGGAUGAUGUUUGCCUUUGCCCGAGAUGGCGGGAUCCCACACUUCUUCCACAGCGUUGACGCGCGCUUCCGCGCCCCCGUCCGCACCAUCUGGCUCGCCGCCUUCUGCGCCUUCUGUCUCGGCCUCCCCUCCCUCGGCUCCUCCGUCGCCUUCGCCGCCGCGACCUCCAUCGCCACCAUCGGUCUGUACAUCUCGUACGGGAUCCCGAUCCUCAUCGGACUCAUCUACUUCCGGUCCUUCAACGCGCGCAAGGGGCCCUUCAAUCUAGGUCUCGCCUCGCGCCCCGUCGCUCUCGCAGCCGUGUCCUGGAUCGCUUUCAUCUCCAUCAUCUUCUGUCUGCCCACGGCGAAUCCCGUCACGAGCCAGACUCUGAAUUAUACGGUUGUCGCGGUGGGCAUUAUCGCUGUUUUUGCACUGGCUUCUUGGGUUCUGUGGGCGCAUCGCUGGUUUGUUGGACCUGUGAAGGAUAGUAAUGUCUUGGAUGGCGCGCUGGGAGUUGAUUCGUUGGAGGCGGCGGUGCUGGAACAGCGGCAGGUUGAUGUGGAGAAGGAUAGUAGUGGUGGGGAGGUGAAAUGAUGCAUCCCGUCCCGUCACUACUACUCGCGGUUUAUUUGUUUGGCAUCUACCAGGUAGCGUUGACGCAUCACAACGAAUUUAGGGGACUUGGCGAGGUUUGUAGAGUGAAGUUUUAGACAAGACACAAGAGAUACCACAGGACCGAGUUAAAACGCCGUAGAACGUUUUGAUUGUCAGGCUUGCACCCCUAUCUAUAUUGGCUUAAUAGUGGAGACUAGUUUUUCCCGUAUAAUGCGU